UGCUAUAGUCGCUGGCGACUCCUUUGUUUUGACGGCAAGUAUUCUUUACGUGACGAGCAUAAUCAAUUCAACGAGAAAAGCUGUGCUGAGAGGGAGCGGAGAGCUUUUUUCCAUGACGUCGGCGACAGUGCGUCUGCUUGCGAUUAGUCAUCGUCGAAUCGUCGUAUAGUGUGUCGUGUCGAUAAGCAGCCAGGGAGACUUGACACUGCCGAAAGAAGAGGGACAUGAGGAGUAGUAGUAGUAGCGAGUCGACCGUGAGUGCGUGAUGAGUGUAUUGCUGCUGUUAUUGGGACUGGGAGUGUGCCUUUUGGCAGGUCACUGCCAUGGAGCUGCCACUGACAUCGAACUUGAUGCCAAGGCACAGUAUCUUCACAGACUCGACAGUCUCAAUUUGUUGCUGUAUACUUUUCUUCUCAUCGCAACUGUGCUUACUGUCUGGACUUUCAAGCACAGGAGGCUAAGGUUCUUGCACGAGACUGGCCUUGCUGUUAUUUAUGGUCUUGUGGUGGGUGCGAUAAUCCGCAAUGGCUUCUCGUCUAGCAAUACGAUACAGCGUCUGCCGGUUGUGCCUGCAGCAGUUUACACUGAGUCGAUACCACCGGACCUACUGUUAUUUCAGUUACACGAGAAUACCACAAGUGGUAUCAAAAAUAAGACUUUCGCUUACUUGUUCAGGGGCGAGAUUUUCAAACAAGAUAGCGUAAUCGACAAGAAGGCCACCUUCGACCCAGAAAUAUUUUUCAACAUCAUCUUGCCACCCAUUAUCUUCCAUGCUGGGUAUAGCUUGAAGAGGAAAUACUUCUUUCGUAAUCUCGGCGCAAUUCUGAUGUACGCAUUGGUAGGUACAACGCUGUCGUCUUUCGCCAUUGGGACGUUGCUCUACGCUUUUAUACAAUUGAUGCCGAAGCUAUCGACCUCUAUUGGCUUUUUGGAUACACUAUAUUUCGGUGCACUAAUUUCACCUACGGAUCCACUUACAAUUAUUUCGAUUUUCAACGAUCUACAUGUCGAUGUAAAUCUGUAUGCUUUGGUAUUUGGUGAAAGUGUGCUCAAUGAUGCGGUUGCUAUUGUACUUAGUGGUGCGAUCCAGAACUAUGGUGAGCGUUAUGUGACGCACGUGGGUUCAAAUAGUUUCGAGACCGUGGCGUUUUUCCAAGCACUCGGUGAUUUUGUCGGCAUUUUUAGUUUGUCACUCUUCAUCGGUGCUACGAUGGGUUGCAUCACAGCACUACUCACGAAGUUCACGAGGGUGCGUGACUUUCCGCUACUCGAGUCUGCAUUGUUCGUCCUUAUGUCUUAUAGCACUUUUUUGAUUGCCGAGGCUUCCGAUCUCACAGGUGUUGUUGCUGUUCUGUUCUGUGGGAUAUGCCAAGCACAUUAUACAUACAAUAAUUUAAGUUCCGGUUCUCGAAUGAGAACGAAGCAGCUUUUUGAGCUGCUUAACUUUUUAGCUGAGAAUUUCAUUUUCACCUACAUUGGUGUGUCAAUGUUCACGUUUCCCAAGCAUCACUUUGACUUUGGCUUUAUCUUAGCAGGAUUUUUCUGCGCAAUGUUAGGCAGGGCGGUAAACGUAUAUCCCUUAUCAGCGUUACUGAACCUUGGGCGUAAGCCAAAGAUCCCGAUGAACUUUCAACACAUGUUGUUCUUUGCUGGUCUUCGCGGAGCAAUGAGUUUCGCUCUUGCUAUUAGAAAUACCGUCUCUGAAGCGAGACAAGCUAUGCUUACCACUACCAGUCUUAUCGUUAUACUUACGGUUAUCUUCCAAGGGGGCAUGGCAUCGCAGUUUCUUAAUUGGUUCAAUAUACCAGUUGGAGUCGACGAAGAAGUAGAAGUAUUAUCACACAAUGGAGUUCGAAGUAGGUAUAACUCUAUGGACACCGCUGGGUCUGGUGGCGAAGGUGGCUUUGGCGAACUGGAAUUGCAUCGGGAAAGAAGUUCUCCGUAUAAUUCUAUGCAGGACGGCUCAUCAAGCGGCAGCGCAGCAAAAAGCAAUGAGAAGGCAUUGCUUGCGAGAAUUUGGGGUAACUUCGACACGAGGUUUAUGAAACCAUUACUCACGCACUCAAGACCCACGUUAUUAGAGACUUUACCCGUUUGCUGCACACCUGUGGCAAGACUGCUUACUACUACGCAGCAAAUGACCCAGGAUGACAUGGGCCAUAAAAUCGAUUCAGAUUCGGAUCUAUGCCUGAACGAUUCAGAAUUGGAGAGGCGACGCCGUACAAAUGGUCAGCCGGUGAGUUACCAUCAGCCCACUCUCAACUACACUGUUAAUCCGUGCUAUCAGCCUAAUGCUCCUGGUCCGGAGUCUAACGCCAACGCUACCGUUAGGGCUGACGAGCCUUAUGUCAUUCUCAACCUUAACAGGCAUUAAAAACUUGUCGCAUAACCUUCCCUAUUUUUAACAACUCAUACACACGCUAUUUUAUAAUCGUUUUUGCCACUAAUGCAACCAUCUCACGCAAAACGGUAUUUUUUUUUAUUUUAAUGGAUAUUAUUAUUAUUAUUAAUAUUAUAACCAUUUAUUCUUCUCUUUAUUUUAUCUUAAUGUAUUUUUACCUACUAUACGAAUGGGCCUUACUUUUUGAUGUAAUCAGAGUUGAGCAUAGAAUGGUCUUCUGAUUGAAAAUGUUUUUGGCCUUCAAGAGUAUCACGCUAGUCAGUAAAAAUAUUUUUGUGAAAUAUAAUUAUAACAUACUAUUGACGUUUUCAAUCAGCAAGGUCAGAUUAAUUACAAUUACAUUACAACAUUCGUAAUUCUUGUAUUUAUCUGUACACGUGAAUUGAAACAGAUCAGACUAGCGCUAUUCGAUUUAACUUUCGGUUGCUUGCGCAACAUAUUUUUUUUGCUCAGCUCUGAAUUGAAAAAAUUGUAGCUUUGUAAAAAAAAAGCCGGUUUUUUUCUUGCAAAGCUGACAAUUUAUUUGAAUGCACAUCAAACUAUACUAAUAACAUAACAAUACUUAAUACGUAUUAUUUUGAACAAAUAUGUAUUGCCAAAGAUAAACGCAGGUACAAUUUUUCGUGUCGUGUGACUAAGAACAAUACGAAGAAAAAAUAACGACAGAAAAAAAAUAUAUAUACAAAUAGUAUAUUUAAAAAAAAACUGUACAAAAAAAUGAUGCGUGAGUGUAUUCGUGUUCAACGAUCAAAGCUGUGAUGAAAAGAUUACACUUGUAAAUAUCGUGCGAAGUGCUGCUCGUUGUUGCUACUGUAUUUAUCGUGCAAGUGAUGUAUAUAUUACAGAAACGUCUGUUUUUUUUUCUUUGAUGUGCGGUAGUAUCCUACCCCACCGAGUGACGGUGAUAUAGUCAGUACUUAUAUUUCUACUAAUCAAUUAACACCACUAUUAAACAGAUAACAAAAUCGUGCAUUGAGGCAUUGCUGCGAUGUUAGUAGCAGUAUCUUUCGCUUUUUACCAAAUGAGUACGUCGCUUGUUGUGAUGUAGAUAUUUUUUUUACAAAGUGCGAAUAAUUUCACUUUAUUAUUGACUUCUUAAUAAAAUAUAGUGCAUGGCAUGCGCGAACAAGUGUGUAUCAAUUAAUCAAUGCCAAGACAACAGAAAAUUCGACCUACUUUGAUUAAUCUUUUUCAAUAUCUCAUUUAACACAAAAACGGAAACUUGAAAAUUAUGUUUAAUGUCUGUUGACGAAAAAAAAGGUUCAAAAGCUUUAUAAAAUUAGCGUGCUUUGAUAUUUUGUUUGGCCAUAAAGAGAAUUCAGAUGUUAUAUACCUGACUAAAUCGGUCCUUUGGACUUUGUUUAGGACAAAAUGCACGUGACCAUUGACGAGGAGCUUGCUGGAAGUUUCAUCGCCGAAGAAGGAUAUAUCCCGUUGCGAACGCUAUAAAUCUUAUAUGAUAUACUUGUAACGAAGAAUUCGAACGUAACUGUGAUCUUUUUUUUCUAUCUUUCGUAUAAAGACUUCUCGUGACAACAGUGACUGACGAGAAUCUCAGACUAAGAUAUUAAGCAUAAUUUUCCGCCGUGUAGUGUGCUACAUCCAUCACAUAGUUUACUUGUUUUCAUGUGAAUUUUUAAGUUUUUCACGCUACCUAUGUCUAUUCUUCUUCUUUUGUAUUGUUAGAGCGAUAGCGAUAUGCUUCUGCAUGAUUCUGCAACGGAGCCGCUCUUGAUGGAUUGGUGAGCAUUCGUAGUUCGACCCGAGUUCCUCCAGUGAUUUUCAAGUUCCGUUUAGUUCUAAUUUGUUUUUGCUUUUUAUCUAAUCGACUUGGAAGUAGCUAACUUUAAUUGUACAAACUGUUUUAUUCUGCUGAGGGAGCCUUCGCUAAUUUUCUUUUCAUCGGCACUCGUUCAUGACGUUUCACAUUUCCUUCGAUAUGGUUCCAAUAAGAUACUGCAUUAAAGAAAAUCUAGUAUAUCCUACUUUUAUUGUCACCAGUCAGUUUUUAAAUCGAAUAAUUUUUAAAAGUUAGUAAAGGCUUGCUUUGACAAUUAAUUUUAAUGACUCAAUUUGAUAUUGGCGAUUUUGUGAUCGCGAAAAGAAAAGAAAAAUAAUAUAACCUAACUAUAUAAAUAGUUAAGUUUGUAAAAUCACAUCUUUAGUAUCGUAUUUAAGAAAUUUUAACGUAACAAAAGUAAUAUAUUUAAACAAAUUGUCCAAUUCCUAUAUAACGUAAAUUUGUUCCUCUACACUAUAUUAAUUAAAUAAGUUCCGAGCCAAAGCAUGCUAUAUAAAGCGGUUCUCAACUGUCUCCUUCACCUACCUUUUGCACUACACGACUUUCUAAUUCAUUCCCUUCUAAUUCAUUCGUCGUAAAGUAUCACAAUACGCUCGCGUAUAUAUGACUUAUAAUUUUUUAUAUAUAUUGUUUCGUUCACAGACACCUACAGUAAGAGGCGUCACAAACAGGUCACACGUGUAGUGUCCGCAAGGUUUUGUUGAACAAAAAAAAGUUCUUCGAUGUUUUUGUGAGUUUUCUCUCUAUCUAUCUUUAUGAGUUUCCUUUUCCUUUUUCUUUUUUUUCCUACACGUUUGCAAUGCCACGUUUUUUUAAGUUUACUUAACGAAAGAGAAAAUGAAAUCUGUGUUAUUUUUUCUCUGAAAAAAACAAUUGUAGUGUCAUUUUGUCAGUGGUAUAAAAGGAUGUUGAAAGUUUGUUAUAAAAAACACGUUACUGCGUGCAAUAUAUUUAUUGAAUGCGACAAUCUGAGAGUCGAUCAGUAUUAUGAGAGUUGCCAGCUUCCUAACAUUGUUUUUUUUUCAUUUAACAAUUGGCAUAAUUAAUUGCAACGAAGUACCUAUACUAAGAUUGAAAAGCUACUUUUUUUCUUGAUAACUGUUUCAUUUACUUUGUAAAUCAUAAUCAACAAUGUAUGAGAGUUCUUUCGUCUUACAAACUCUUCAUUUUAAUCUUACUUUUACAAGUUUUUGAUAAUGGGAUAGAAAGAAUCCAAUAAUAUCUCUGCUUGUUUUGUAGUUACUGACCAUUCUCUAGUAUAAUUAACACUAUUAGCACUCCAGUAUAAUUAGCAUCAUUAUAUGAUAUUGAUUUUAAGUAAGAACAAACACGAUUGCCAAUAUAUGAAACGAGUAACUUUUCAAUCUUAAACUUAUAUAAUCCAGAAUACAGAACAAAAGUCAUGGUAAUAAUGUAUCAAGCGCAUCUCAUAUCGAACGCAGUUGUACAUCGAACAAAAAAAGAUGAAAAAGAAUGGAUACAGGAAGCCAAGCAUAACGAUAUUAUUUGUACGGUUACCAUGGGACAGCUGGGAACUGCGGCGAGAAAAGUUUGGUCCGGGACCACAUUGUCAUCCUGUUGCCAAACUAACGAGGAAAAAGAAUCGGCAGAUUAAUCGAUAAGCGUAACAAGCGUAAAUUUGUUAAAUGAUUGUAGUUAGCUAGUCGCUAGUGUGUAGCUUAAUUUUUACCAUCUCGACGGAAUACGCCUCCUUUUCAUCUCAGUGCUCGAUGUACAAUAAAUGUCGGCAAAAGUUCCGAUAACAUUACUUAACACACACGUAUAUUUGGCUACUCCCGAGAGAACGAAGGAUGAUAUUACAUUGAUAUUCAUCGCGGCUGCUUUGUAUUUGCGCUCGUAGAUAUUUCCUAGGUUUGGCUGUGACCGUCGAGAAUCAGCUAGAGCGAUGUCAAUUGUUUUUUUGUACCUUCGUCCCUUCCUUCUUCUUCGUUUUGUAUUAUUGUUUCGCGGAGUAGAGCCGACGGAGAGCCUUUAAGAUGUUGCGUGUCUGUUUUUAAAUCUGACAUGCGAUAGUUAUGUCAUAACUAUUGGAUUUAACGGUAACGUUGUGAUAUCUAUAAUACACAAUGCGGUGUUUAAUAAAAACUUUGUAAAAAUAUAUUUAAUCUUAUGAGAAUUGCAUUUUUCAAUUAUAUGCCCUAUUUAAUCCAUUAAGUCAUCCCAACUUGCAUUCAACAAGAAAUACAUAAUUGAUGAAUACCCAUCUAAAUUGAAACCAGCUCGAAGUCAAUU